AUGAGAACAACUAACCAUGUUACUUUUGCUAAGACAUUUGCAAUGACUUUGUAUUUUGCUUUUGUUGAUGAUCUAGCCACUACCUUUUGCAUGCAACAAGCCCAAGAGAUUAAAUUUUUGCAAAUGAAAAAAGCAAAACCACUAGUGAAUUUGUGGUCAUCAGGGCACCCUGCCCAAUCAAAGUCCAAAACUGUAUGUGAUGUGGUAAAACAUUCACUGUAUGGAUUAAAACAAGUUCCUAGAGCUUGGUUUAAUCGUUUACACACGUUUUUAAUAUCCGUUGGUUUUCAAGCAUCAAAGACAGAUGUCUCUCUAUUCUAUUUCUCUCGAGAUUUUGCAUUGGUUUAUUUGUUGGUCUAUGUGGAUGAUAUUCUUCUAAUGGGAAGUGAUCAGGCUCUAGUUACUCACUUACUCUCAAAAUUGUCUGCCACUUUCAAGAUUAGAGAUCUUGGUGAACCAAAUUUUUUCCUUGGCAUCGAAACGGUUAAAUGUGAUGAUGAAAUUCUAUUGUCUCAACAGCAAUAUAUGAAUGAUAUUUUGAAACAUGCUGGCAUAGCGGAAUGCAAACCUCUCUCUAUUCCUAUAUCUGUUUCAAAAAUUGUUCCCUUCAGUGCAGACUUAUAUGAUGAUCCUACGUCGUACAAGAGCCUAGCUGGAACACUACAAUAUCUCACUGUUACACCACCUGAUUUAUCCUUUGCGGUUAAUCAGCUUUGUCAGCACAUGCAUGUUCCUACCACAUCAUAUUGGGAGCAGCUGAAACGUGUCUUGAGGUAUGUUAAGGGCAUAAUUGGGUUUGGGUUACGUAUACAGAAAUCAAUGUCAAAGGAAAUUCAUGCUUUUUCUUAUUCUGAUUGGGUUGGUUAUCCUGAAGAUCGUAAGUCCACUAGUGGUUUUGCUAUUUUUUUGGGGACUAAUCUUAUAUCUUGGAUUUGUAAGAAGCAAAGAACUGUUGCUAGGUAUUCCACUGAGGCGGAAUACAAAGUCCUAGCAUAUGUGUAA